GAAAACUUCCUGGCCCGGGCUACCGGCGUCUCUUUCUACCAACCCUCCAAUCUCGCCUCCCGGUGCCCAGCGCGUCCCCACCCCUCCCCCGGCUCCCUCAGUGUCCGCCAUGGCCAAAGCCUACGACCACCUCUUCAAGCUGCUGCUGAUCGGGGACUCGGGGGUGGGCAAGACUUGUCUGAUCAUUCGCUUUGCAGAGGACAACUUCAACAACACUUACAUCUCCACCAUCGGAAUUGAUUUCAAGAUCCGCACUGUGGAUAUAGAGGGGAAGAAGAUCAAACUGCAAGUCUGGGACACCGCUGGCCAAGAACGAUUCAAGACGAUAACUACUGCCUAUUACCGUGGAGCCAUGGGCAUUAUUCUAGUCUAUGACAUCACAGAUGAGAAAUCCUUUGAGAAUAUUCAGAAUUGGAUGAAGAGCAUCAAAGAGAAUGCCUCAGCUGGGGUGGAGCGCCUCCUACUGGGGAACAAGUGUGACAUGGAGGCCAAGAGGAAGGUACAGAAGGAGCAGGCCGAGAAGUUGGCUCGGGAGCAUGGAAUCCGAUUUUUCGAGACUAGUGCCAAAUCCAGUAUGAAUGUGGAUGAGGCUUUCAGUUCCCUGGCCCGGGACAUCUUGCUCAAGUCAGGAGGCCGGAGAUCGGGAAACAGCAGCAAGUCCUCCAGCACUGACCUGAAAACUUGUGACAAAAAGAACACCAAGUGCUCCCUGAGCUGAGGACUCUUUGCUGCCUCCCCACCCUAAGCCUGGAGGUUGAACCUGAGGGAAGCAGGGCUGAGGGGCUGGAUGGGGGAGAGAGUAGGUGGUGUUUGGAGAAGUAAAGAUGGAUAGAUGGUGAGAGAACAGGGAGAAAAUGGAGAAGAAAAAAAAAAGGAAAACCAGAGAGGAAAGAGGAGAAGAGGUGGAAUAGAGGGAAGAAGCAAGAAGGGAAAGAAUUGAGGAAGUGAAAACGUGCGAAAGAGGUAGGAAGAAAGGAAGGAGAAAAGGAAGUAUAGAUAGCCUGGGGCCUCAGACCUUCGAUGGGUUUCCAUGGCAACAUCAAUGUAAAUAAAUAAUUGAUUUUGUUACUGGAUCAGGCUUUAGGGUCCUGUGAGAGGCUGGCUCAGCACCACCCCUUGAAAGUUUGGUCCUAUUCUGUCACUCUGCAUGGUCUUUCCCAGUAUUAAAGACCUCCAUUUGCACAAAUGUAGCUAUUCUGGGUAACUUU